AUGGCCCGCACGAAGCAGACGGCGAGGAAGUCCACCGGCGGCAAGGCGCCGAGGAAGCAGCUGGCCACCAAGGCCGCCCGCAAGUCCGCGCCGGCCACCGGCGGCGUCAAGAAGCCCCACCGCUUCAGGCCCGGCACCGUCGCGCUCCGCGAGAUCCGCAAGUACCAGAAGAGCACGGAGCUCCUGAUCAGGAAGCUGCCCUUCCAGCGGCUGGUGAGGGAGAUCGCCCAGGACUUCAAGACCGACCUGAGGUUCCAGAGCUCGGCGGUGAUGGCGCUCCAGGAGGCCAGCGAGGCGUACCUGGUCGGCCUGUUCGAGGACACGAACCUCUGCGCGAUCCACGCCAAACGGGUCACCAUCAUGCCCAAGGACAUCCAGCUCGCUCGCCGCAUCCGUGGCGAGAGGGCCUAG